AUGCAGUUAAAUACGGCGCGUAUGUAUAGAUAGAGAAAAAUCAGACCUGAAAUCGCCGAGCAAGGCAAACAAAUUUCGAGCGGUUGUCGCCCUCUCCAGCAGGCCACAGGAUGCAAAGAAUCUUGUAGCUGCAUCUUCAGCUCCUGCUUUCAGGGCCCCCGCUGCAGAUACACCUUCUGGAGCAGGUGGUGUGCUUAGAAAUCUACAGCCAAGGUACCGGUCAAGCUUUGUUGGCGGGUGUGCACUUUGGCACCGCUUCUUCUUUCUAGGGAGAUUCAUAGGAGGUGAUCCAGAAAGAGUUAUGCACAACUUCAUCAAAUGGAUACAUCAAGGAAUUUCAUGUGCACCAAGGGAGGAAGGGCCUGCUCUUGGUACAUUUAGUGCACCCUACUACAUAAUAGAGAAAGGCCUAGUUCAAAAGCAGCUUCUGCUUACCUGUCGAGGCAUUAUAGUUACUGGCUUUGCAGUCUAUAGCAUCAAGCUUUUGAUUAAUAGUUUCAGUAAUAGUUCCGACGACACAGAAGCUGGUAAAUUCGAUGGCUUGAAGGAAGUGACUACGGAUUUAAGCACAAAAUUCAGUGACGUAAAGGGGGUUGACGAAGCCAAAGCUGACCUUGAGGACAUUGUUCUCUACCUACGAGAUCCCGAGAGUUUCACUCGCCUUGGUGGCAAGCUUCCAAAGGGUGUUUUGCUUGUGGGCCCACCCGGCACUGGGAAGACCAUGUUGGCAAGAGCUGUAGCCGGGGAAGCCGGUGUCCCUUUCUUUGCGUGCAGUGGCAGUGAUUUCGAGGAGGUGUAUGUGGGUAUUGGGGCUAAGAGAGUGCGGGACCUCUUCCGUGCAGCAAAGAAGCGAUCUCCUUGCAUAAUAUUCAUUGAUGAGAUUGACGUUGUUGCUGGGCGCAGACGUGCAUUAGACCCGCCGUGGGCAAGGCAGACCAUGAACCAGCUGCUUUCUGAGAUGGAUGGCUUCAAGCAGAAUGAUGGAAUCAUUGUGAUUGCCGCGACCAACUUCCCAGAGUCGCUAGAUAAAGCCCUCAUCAGGCCUGGGCGUCUUGACCGCCUAAUCCAUGUUCCUACCCCAGAUGUUGAGGGCCGACGGCAGAUUCUUGAGGUGCACAUGUCAAAGGUGUGUAAAGCAGAGGGUGUGGAUGCGAUGACCAUUGCGAGGGGGACGCCCGGGUUCUCAGGUGCAGACCUUGCAAACCUAGUGAAUGACGCCGCUCUCAAGGCUUCCAGGGAUGGGGCAGAUGCUGUUGGGAUGGAUCACCUCGAGUAUGCCAAGGAUAGGAUCAUCUUGGGCAGCGAGCGCAAGUCGAUGGUGAUAUCUGAUCAAUCCAGGAAGAUGACUGCCUACCACGAGGGUGGGCACGCCCUUGUUGCUAUCCUCACGGACGGGGCUGACCCUGUCCACAAGGCCACCAUUAGGCCCAGGGGAAAUUCUCUUGGCAUGGUGGCGCAGCUGCCGGGGGAAGACAGCGAGCUGGAACUCUCGAGGAAGCAGAUGCUUGCAUCGCUGGAUGUACUCAUGGGGGGCCGGGUUGCUGAGGAGCUUAUAUUUGGAGAGACUGGUGUCACCACCGGUGCCUCAUCUGACCUAAGCAAGGCGACUCAACUGGCGAAAGACAUGGUCACCAGGUAUGGUAUGAGCAAACUGGUAGGCCUUGUUUACUAUGGCAACAACGGCGAUGGUGGUGAUGGUAAGAUGACAGCCCUGGUGUCUGAGGAGGUGAAAGCAUUACUGGACAACGCUCACAAGAAUGCAAAAGCGAUUCUCACGGAGCACACCAAAGAGUUACAUGCGCUAGCCAACGCCCUGUUGAAGCAUGGAACUCUCACUGGUGAAGAUAUGGUGAAACUAGUAUUGACAGGACAAGAACCAGAUGAUCUUAACAUUAGCCAGCAGAAUCAGGAAACACCUUCACUCACUGUUGGUGAGAUCACAAAUCUAGUAUCGACAGAAGAACAAGUAGAUGAUCUUAACAAUUGUCAGCAGGACCAGGGAAAAUCUUCUCUCACUUGUGACAAGAGCACCAAACCAGUAUCGACAGAAGAACAAGGAGAUGGAACUCUCACCGGCAACGAGAUCACGGAACCGGUGUCGACAGACCAACAAGUAGGUGAUGCUAACAAUGGUGAGCAGGUACAGGGAAACACCUUCUUCGCCCUAGCCGUGGAGGCGCUUCCAAGAGUACUUCCGUUCCUGAUACUUCUGUUGAAAUCAAAGUUGUGUUUUGGUUUGGUGGACUGCUCCCCCCUAGCGUCGGCCACGCCGACGACCCCCCAUCUGCAGGAGGCCGCCGAGGAUGCGAUGCAUUGCCCCGGCGCGCAGCCGUUGGAGCACGGCCGGCCGGGCACAGAGAUUCAUAGGAGCGAUAUGGGAAGAGUUAAACAGAGCUUCAUGAAAAUUCUAAAUCGAGGAGUUUCAAGUGCGGCAAGGGAGGAAGGGCGUGUUCUUGGUACAGCCAGUGCACCCUACUACAUAAUAGAGAAAGGCCUGCUUAAAAAGCAGCUUCUGCGUACCUGUGGAGCCCUUGUAGUUACUGGCUUUGCAAUCUAUGGCCUUAAGGUUUUGAUUGAUAUGUGCGACGACAAAGAAGUUGGCAAAUUCGAUGCUUUGAAACAAGCGGCUGCGGAUUUAAGCACAAAAUUCAGUGACGUAAAGGGCGUCGACGAAGCCAAGGCUGACCUUGAGGACAUAGUUCUCUACCUACGAGAUCCCAAGAGUUUCACUCGCCUUGGUGGCAAGCUUCCAAAGGGUGUUUUGCUUACCGGCCCACCCGGCACAGGGAAGACCAUGUUGGCAAGGGCUCUGGCCGCAGAAGCCGGCGUCCCUUUCUUUGCAUGUAGUGGCAGUGAUUUCGAGGAGGUGUAUGUGGGUCUUGGGGCUAAGAGAGUGCGGGAGCUCUUUCGUGUAGCAAAGAAGCGAUCUCCUUGCAUAAUAUUCAUCGAUGAGAUUGACGCCGUUGCUGGGCGCAGACACGCAUUAGACCCGUCGUGGCAGAGGCAGACCAUGAACCAGCUGCUUUCUGAGAUGGAUGGCUUCAGGCAGAAUGAAGGGAUCAUUGUGAUCGCCGCGACAAACUUCCCGGAGUCGCUAGAUAAAGCCAUUGUCAGGCCUGGGCGUCUUGACCGUCAAAUCCAUGUUCCUACCCCAGAUGUUGAGGGCCGCCGGCAGAUCCUUGAGGCUUACAUGUCAAAGGUGUGUAAAGCCGAGGGUGUGGAUGCAAUGACCAUUGCGAGGGCGACACCUGGGUUCUCAAGUGCAGACCUUGCAAACCUAGUGAACGAUGCUGCUCUCAAGGAUUCAAGGGAUGGGGCAGAUGCUGUUGGGAUGGAUCACCUCGAGUACGCCAAGGACAGGAUCAUCAUGGGCAGCGAACGCAAGUCAGCGGUGAUAUCUGAUCAUUCGAAGAAAAUGACUGCCUACCAUGAGGGAGGUCACGCCCUUGUUGCUAUCCUCACGGACGGUGCUGACCCUGUCCACAAGGCCACAAUUAUGCCAAGGGGAAAGGCUCUCGGCAUGGUGACACAACUGCCAGGGGAAGACAGCGAACUGGAACUCUCGAGGAAGCAGAUGCUGGCGAGGCUGGAUGUCCUCAUGGGAGGGCGGGUGGCUGAGGAGCUUAUAUUUGGAGAAACCGGGAUCACAACUGGUGCCUCCUCUGACCUAAGCAAGGCGACUAAAUUAGCGAAAGACAUGGUCACCAGAUAUGGCAUGAGCAAGCGGGUCGGCCUUGUUUCCUACAGCAACGACGGUUAUGGUGGUGAUGGCAAGACAACGGCCCUGGUUGAUGAGGAGGUGAAAGAUUUAUUGGAUAACGCUUACAAGAAUGCGAAAACGAUUCUCACGGAGCACAACAAGGAGUUUCAUGCGCUAGCAAACGCCCGGCUGAAGCAUGGAACUCUCACUGGCGACGAGAUCAUCAAACUAGUAUUGACAGAACAACAAGCAGAUGGUCGCAACAAUAGCCAGCAGAAUCAGGUAACACCUUCUCUCACUGGCGACGGGAUCACGGAACCGGUGUCAACACAAGAACAAAUAGGCGAUGCUAAGAAUGGUCAGCAGUAAUUGGAGACGCUUACAAAAGUACUUUUGUUGCUGAUACUUUUGUCGCAAGCACGCAAAAUGUAAAGAGCGAUGUGUACCGUCCGAAUUUCGCUGACUUUAAGUGUUUCUCAAGUGUGAAGAGAAUGUGAUGUUGUAGUAAAGCCUCCUGUUUUGAGCCUCAAGCAUGAAUGUACCCCAAUAUCUCUGUUGGAGCCUCAAGCAUGAAUGCACCGCAAGAUUUCUGUUGGAACUGAAUGGGGUUUCUGUGAAUGAGCGAGUUGUGUGAAAAAUGCAGGUUCACAGCCCUAGCGCAUGAAUUUACCCCAGCUGCAAAACAUAAUAAGAAUAUUCGUGAUUGCUGGACUGUAACCUCUUUUUUUUUAUGGAUGAUUACUGGAGCCAAAGCCCUGUGUCUGUGAUAUUCUAGCUAAACCUAGCCUUAAAGCGCAAAUUUUAUAGAGGGUUGCUACGCGUCGGC